CUCUCGAAACACCCUUCUUCUGGUAAACGCUUCUUAAACCUCGAGUAGGGUUUUCUCCUUCAACUUUUUCACAACUCUUCUCCCUACAGAUAAGAGUUUGAGAUCUUCAAACCUCUCUCUCUCUCUCUCUGUGUAUCUAAAAUGGCCCCUGCUCUGAGUAGAAGCCUCUACACGACCCCUUUGACAUCUGUUCCAUUCACUCCAGCAAACCAACCUCGCCUCUCUCAUCUCAGAACCUCGUUUCUCCCUCGCGGCGGCAGUCUAAGAACCGGCGUUUCCUGCAGCUGGAAUCUGGAGAAGAGAUGUAACCGCUUCGCCGUCAAGUGCGACGCCGCCGUGGCGGAGAAAGAGACGACUGAUGAAGAAGGGUCCGGCGAGAAGUUCGAGUACCAAGCCGAGGUUAGCAGGUUGUUGGAUUUGAUUGUUCAUAGCUUGUACAGUCACAAGGAGGUGUUCCUCAGGGAGCUUGUAAGUAACGCAAGUGAUGCGUUGGAUAAGCUGAGGUUCUUGAGUGUGACGGAGCCUGCCUUGCUUGGAGAUGGUGGUGACCUUGAGAUCCGUAUCAAGCCUGAUCCUGAUAACGGCACCAUCACCAUUACUGAUACUGGUAUUGGAAUGACAAAGGAAGAACUUAUAGACUGCCUUGGAACUAUUGCUCAGAGUGGUACUUCCAAAUUCUUGAAGGCUCUUAAGGAAAACAAGGACCUUGGUGCUGACAACGGUUUGAUAGGACAGUUUGGUGUUGGGUUUUACUCUGCUUUCUUAGUUGCUGAAAAGGUUGUUGUGUCCACCAAAAGCCCCAAAUCUGACAAGCAAUAUGUUUGGGAGUCGGUAGCUGAUAGUAGCUCAUAUGUGAUCAGAGAAGAAACAGACCCUGACAACUUUCUGCGCCGUGGAACGCAAAUAACUUUGUAUCUAAGGGAGGAUGAUAAAUACGAAUUUGCGGAGUCUACAAGAAUCAAGAACCUUGUGAAGAACUACUCUCAGUUCGUUGGGUUUCCCAUUUACACUUGGCAGGAGAAAUCAAGGACUGUUGAGGUUGAAGAGGAAGAACCAGCUAAGGAAGGAGAAGAAGAGGGAGAGCCCAAGAAGAAGAAGACUACUAAAACUGAGAAGUACUGGGAUUGGGAGCUAGCCAAUGAAACAAAACCGUUAUGGAUGCGAAACUCAAAGGAAGUGACAAAGGAGGAGUACAAUGAGUUUUACAAGAAGGCAUUCAAUGAGUUUUUGGAUCCACUCGCUCACAACCACUUCACAACUGAGGGAGAGGUUGAGUUCAGGAGCAUUCUAUACAUCCCUGGGAUGGGUCCUCUUAACAACGAGGACGUUACCAAUCCGAAGACAAAGAACAUUCGCCUCCAUGUGAAGCGUGUGUUUAUCUCUGAUGACUUUGAUGGAGAGCUGUUCCCAAGAUACUUGAGCUUUGUGAAGGGUGUUGUGGACUCAAAUGAUCUUCCUCUCAACGUCUCACGUGAAAUUCUCCAAGAAAGCAGAAUCGUAAGAAUCAUGAGAAAGAGGCUCAUUAGGAAGACUUUCGACAUGAUUCAAGAAAUCUCCGAGAGUGAAAACAAAGAGGAUUACAAAAAGUUCUGGGAGAACUUUGGUAAAUUCCUUAAACUGGGUUGUAUUGAAGACACUGGCAACCACAAGCGUAUCACACCGUUGCUCAGAUUCUACAGUUCCAAGAACGAAGAGGAGUUGACGAGUUUGGAUGAGUACAUCGAGAACAUGGGAGAGAACCAAAAGGCUAUCUACUACCUUGCCACUGACAGCCUCAAAAGUGCCAAGUCAGCUCCGUUCUUGGAGAAGCUCAUUCAAAAGGACAUUGAGGUUCUAUACUUGGUUGAACCUAUCGAUGAAGUUGCUAUUCAGAACUUACAAACCUACAAAGAAAAGAAGUUUGUUGAUAUCAGCAAAGAAGAUUUGGAACUUGGUGAUGAAGAUGAAGUCAAGGAUAGGGAAGCUAAACAAGAGUUUAAUCUUCUUUGUGACUGGAUGAAGCAACAGCUCGGUGACAAAGUUGCCAAAGUCCAAGUCUCAAACCGUUUGAGCUCUUCUCCCUGUGUGCUUGUCUCAGGCAAAUUCGGGUGGUCGGCUAACAUGGAAAGGUUAAUGAAGGCACAAGCUCUUGGAGACACUUCAAGCUUGGAGUUCAUGAGAGGUAGGAGGAUACUAGAGAUCAAUCCAGAUCAUCCUAUCAUCAAAGACUUGAAUGCGGCUUGUAAGAAUGCACCUGAGAGCAGUGAAGCCACAAGAGUGGUUGAUCUCUUGUUUGACACUGCUAUAAUCUCGAGUGGAUUCACUCCUGAUAGUCCGGCCGAGCUGGGGAACAAGAUUUAUGAGAUGAUGGCUAUGGCUGUUGGAGGAAGAUGGGGACGCGUUGAAGAAGAAGGAAGCAAGAUUGUGAAUGAAGGAGAUGACACAAAAGAUGGAGAAGCAGAAGUAAUUGAGCCAUCUGAAGUUAGGGCAGAGAGUGAUCCGUGGCAAGACUGAUUCAAACCUUUCUUUUUUAUCGUCUUCUACAGUGAUUUUUGACACAAUGCUUUGCUAAACUAGGAUCCUCUUCCUUGUGUUGGGCCUUGGUGAUAUCAUGGGCCUAGUUAAAGCCCGUUAUUAGAGAUUAUGUGAACAAGAAUUAGUCCGAAAGUAGUGUCUUUUGGUUUUA